AUGGAGAAAUCAGUGAAGGCUCUGGGUUGGGGUGCCACGGACUCGUCGGGCAUUCUGUCUCCUCUGGAGUUCAGCCGGCGGUCGACCGGCAGCCGCGACGUCCAAUUCAAGGUCCUCUACUGCGGCGUUUGCCACUCGGAUCUCCACCUCGUCAAGAACGACUGGGGAUUCGCCAAAUACCCUAUGAUCCCCGGCCAUGAGAUCGUCGGCAUAGUCACCGAGGUCGGCUCAAAGGUCGACAAGUUCAAGGUCGGCGACAGAGUCGCUGUCGGCGUCAUGGUCGGAUCGUGCCGCGUCUGCAACCAGUGCGAAAACAACCUCGAAAACUACUGCCCCGAGAAACUUGACACCUACAAUGGGGUCCAGGCCGACGGCUCCCUCACCUACGGCGGCUAUUCAGAUCUCAUGGUUGCCGAAGAGGAUUUCAUCAUCCGGUGGCCGGAGAAUUUCCCGAUGGACCGUGGAGCCCCGCUUGUUUGCGCCGGGAUCACCACCUACAGCCCGCUGAGGUACUACGGGCUGGACAAGCCGGGCCUCCACGUGGGGGUUGCCGGGCUGGGCGGGCUUGGCCACGUGGCGGUCAAGUUUCUUAAGGCAUUCGGGGCCAAGGUGACGGUGAUGGACAUUGCGCCGGAGAAGAAGGCUUACGCGCUCGAAACCCUGGGUGCUGACCAGUUCCUGCUGAGCCACGAGCUGGAAGCCGCGGCUGGAACCAUGGACGGGAUACUCGACUGUGUAUCGGCCUUCCACUCAAUCCAGGCUUACCUGAAUCUCUUGAAGCCGCAUGGCAAGCUGGUGGUGGUGGGCUUGCCGGAGAAGCCACUGCAGCUGCCGAUGUUUGCUCUGGCGACGGAGAGGAAAAUGAUUGGCGGAAGCAUGAUCGGUGGGAUUAAGGAGACGCAGGAGAUGAUCGACUUUGCGGCUAAGCACAAUAUAUUGCCGGAUGUUGAGAUUAUUUCAAUGGAUUACAUAAAUACGGCUAUGGAGCGCCUUGCGAGAGCUGAUGUCAAAUACAGAUUCGUCAUUGAUGUGGCGAAUUCACUCAAAGCUUAG